GAUUCAAAAAUCCCUAUAGUUGGUUGUGGUGGAAGAACAACCGAGCGUAUUGGUUCUGUUGGUAUUGGUGGGUGGACAAAAAAGAAGAAUGGAAGAUUGAAGUGUGCGAGUUGUCAAAAGACUCAAGGCACACUCCCUCUCUCUCUCUUCUGAACUGUACUCCUCCUUCGACCUUGACUCCUCGAACAAGCAGCCAAGCACUGAAUUCACCAAACAAAUAUGCACGCUUCCGUUGGCCUUUCUCUUUCUUCUAGGGCUCCUGCUAUCUGUUCUUCUUCUGCUCACUUUAAUCAAACUCAGCUGCUCUUCGCUCAUCUCAAUCUCAACUAUUACUACACAGGAACCAAAAAGGCUAGAUUUUGUCGCAUCAAAGCUAGCUUUUGGGAAUCCAUCAGAUCUGGAAUCUUGAAGAACAAUACAACUCAAGUCGUUGAACCAUCUGUUCCCAUUGAAGAAGAGGAAGAGCCUUUGCCUGAAGAAUUUGUUCUUACUGAAAAUACUCAACCAGAUGGCGUUAUUGAACAAAUAAUAUUUUCUUCAGGUGGAGAUAUUGAUUUGUACGACCUACAGGCAUUAUGUGAUAAGGUAGGUUGGCCCCGGAGGCCACUCUCAAAACUUGGAGCAGCUUUGAAAAAUAGCUACAUGGUUGCCACAUUGCAUUCUGUACGGAAAUCACCCAAUGCAGAUGGUGAUGACUACAAGACGCUUAUUGGAAUGGCUCGUGCUACAUCUGAUCAUGCCUUUAAUGCUACAAUAUGGGAUGUUCUUGUUGAUCCAUCUUAUCAGGGUCAAGGACUUGGAAAGGCUCUUGUGGAGAAGAUGAUAAGGGCUCUUUUACAGAGGGAUAUUGGCAACAUUUCUCUCUUUGCAGACAGUAAAGUUGUUGAUUUCUAUCGAAAUUUAGGAUUUGAACCAGAUCCAGAAGGGAUUAAGGGAAUGUUCUGGCACCCCAACUGUUAGUUGUUGGAAAAUAGGUGAAACACGAGACUAUGAUCAAUGAUAUUGAUAUGAUAGUUCAACACGGAACUAGGUUAUGGACCUGUGGUAGCGAUAUUGAUAUGUAAAAAUGUUAAUUUCGGAUCUUUCUUGUAAAGUUUCGGACUGUGGUUCUGUACUAGAUUAUGGAUAAUGAUAUGUAUAUCAUAAAACAGUCCAGGACCAGGACUCCAUGUAUACAACAAGCAGCCCAUAAAUUGCUUUCAUUUCUAAUUACGUUAAUUCCAGUAUCAUGUUUAAUUCAACUACUA